AGAUUUCUGAUGGGGCUCUUUGUUCAAGGUACUGAUGAUAUCAUUGUCCAUGAGUAAUCAUCUAUCACCAUGGCUGAAGUUGAAUCCACCCCAUCUACAGAGACUAUGUCCUCUGGUAUAGAUGGACCACUCAAUUCAGAUCCUGGACCACUCACAUCAGAUCCUGGACCGGAUGAUGACGAAGCAGAUUGUAGGUUUGACCAGGAGCCACAGACUGAUAUUGUCCAAGAGAACUGCAUUGCUGAGGACACAAGUGAAAGUGAGGUGAAGAACUAUCAUCAUGGAAACAAUCUUCAUGAAAACAAAGAUGAGGACCUGACGAUGGAUAUGGGAGCGGAGGAUUCCCUUGGUUAUAAUGAUAUGAGCAAUGAGGAUGGUGAAGUAGGAGAUACUGAGGAGUCACCAGGAACUGUCCGUGAAGUCACCUGUAGCAAGUGUUUGAAUAAGUUUACUGAUCUACAAAUAUAUAUGGAACAUAGCUGCAUCAUGACCACCUGUGAGGCGGGUUUGGCUGAAGAUGAUGAUAGACUCUUGUCUGUGAGUGGGAAUGAAAGUGAACUCAGUGAUGCAGAAAACUUUCAAGGGGAGAUUGUCUACCAGCCCGAUGGCUCAGCGUAUCUCAUCGAUGGCAAUGAGCGAUCAGAGAAGGAAGGGAACUCCCUGGCUCCAGUUGAGAGUACUGAGAAUGAAAUGACUAAACUGUUAAAGGAGCAUGGUAAUAUGAGUGUACUGCCAGGAAUUGUGAAUGCUUUACAUAUCCCAGGAUAUAUGACCAUGGGCAGUGUAUCCAGCUAUGGGCCAGGGAUGUCGGGCCCUUAUGGAACACCUAUUGUACACAGCUUCAAAGUCUAUGAUGUCAGAAACAGGGCUGAAAGUGAAGACAAUGUAGAUUGUGAGAAAGAAAACAAACAAAGCUUUGGAGGUGCUUCUGUUGGAAAGCCAAUUCUCAUGUGUUUUCUUUGUAAACUCUCAUUCGGUUUUGCCAAAUCUUUUAUGACGCAUGCAACUCAUGAACACAAAAUGACAUUGAAUGAGAAAGAGAAACAGAUCAUGGCAAAGAAAGAUCAGUCAGCCAUCAUUCAAGGUUUAGGAAAAGAGAAAGAGCCACUCUUAUCCUUCUUGGAGCCCAAGGCCAAACAACAGCAACAAGCAGCCCACAGUAUAGCCAACCUGAGAUUACAACCCCCUGGAAGUCUUGGGCAGUCUGUGUACUCAAGUGCCAAUUCCAAUGUAAGCUACAUGUAUCCUGUCUCAGUCGCCAUCAGUACUACACCAAACACCACCACCACUACCAUCUCAACUACCUCAGAGGAUGCCUGCGCACGCUUGGACACCAACAUUUUACCCAUUGAUAUGCAAUAUGCAGCAGCAGGAUUGCUCCACAACAGUACUGCUGUGAAAGAAGAAAGGCAGGACACCAGUGAAACAUCCAAAAGUGCAGAGGACUCUCAGGUGUCCCAUCGUCCAUGCACCACAGACACUCAAGAUGAAAGAUAUCAAUCAACUGAAAUAGAUACUGCCAAGGCAAACCUGCAACAAGUGCUUCACCGAAGAAUGUCUGCUCCCAGUGAUGGAGGUCUAGAGAAUAAAUCACCAAACCAUGUCCAAAAUAAAGAGGCUGACCCCAUGGACGAUGCAUCAAGAUCUCUAUCCAACAACAAUAACAUCAAGGAGGCGUAUAUGGAAGGUGAGCACGCUUCUUCAAGCAUGGAAGAUGAAGAUGAUAUCCCUCACAAUCAUGAUCCAUCCGUCACUGGUAGUGUGGAAUGCCCUAAAUGUGAUAUGGUACUUGGUUCAUCACGUUCUCUUGGAGGUCACAUGACCAUGAUGCACUCAAGAAAUUCAUGCAAGACUCUGAAAUGCCCCAAAUGUAAUUGGCACUACAAAUACCAACAGACAUUAGAGGCUCACAUGAAGGAGAAACAUCCAGAAACUGAAUCAAAGUGUAUAUACUGUGAGUCUAACCAACCUCAUCCAAGGCUUUCCAGAGGGGAAUCUUACACCUGUGGAUACAAACCAUAUCGCUGUGAAAUAUGUAAUUAUUCCACAACAACCAAGGGCAACCUGAGUAUCCACAUGCAGUCUGAUAAGCAUCUGAACAACAUGCAGGAAUUACAGAAUGGCAGUGAUCACAUCUUCAUGCAUCAUAAGAUGAAUGAUCUAGCCCAGGCUGCCAAACCCAAGCACAAACAGACAUGGAGGUGCGACGUAUGCGACUAUGAGACAAAUGUCGCAAGGAAUCUCCGUAUCCACAUGACCAGUGAGAAGCACAUCCACAACAUGAUGGCCAUCCAGCAGAAUGUAUCGCAGAUGCAACGAGAGAUGCAUAACAACAUUGGUGGAAUGCCUCCCGAGGAAUCCAUGUAUAUGAUGCUUGGACAGAAUUCUAUGAUGCCUGUUAUGCAUGGUCAAGACCCGAGCAUGAUGGAUAUGCAAGCAAUGAUGUCUCAGUAUCAGUAUGAUCCUGUAGCUUACAGCUCGUGGAUGAACAACAUGGCUAUGGGUAUGAAUGUCCAGGAAGCUGCCGCUGCUGCUCCUCAUCCAAACACUCCAGAUGAUCCAGCCAAGAAUGAACCUCUUACACUCUAUCAGUGCUCAAUCUGUAACAAUUUCAACACAGAGAACAUUGAGGAACUCCACAUCCACGUGCACAGAGACCGCAGUGAACCCAACAUGGCUCUAUGGAGAGCUAUCAUUGGUGACAUGCAGCAGUGUAUGCUGUGUAACUAUUCCACCCAAGUCAAGGCCAACUUCCAGCUUCAUUUAAAGACCGAUAAACAUCAGCAAAAACUCCAGCUCUUCAACCACAUCAGGGAAGGUGGCAAGCAUAAUGAAUGGCGACUGAAGUACAUGAAUGUUGGUAACCCAGUCCAAGUGAGAUGCAAUGCUUGUGACUUCUACACUCACAGUGUGGACAAACUACGUGCUCAUGCCCACCCCAACAACUAUCGACACGAGACCAGUCUCAAGCUUUUCAGACACAUGCAGAGCAUCAACAUCACCAUGAACGUUGAGACACGCCGCUUCCACUGUCCUCUAUGCAGCUUUUAUACCCGUACCAAGUUUAACUUGAUGCAGCACAUCCAAUCAGUACAACAUCUGAAGAAUGAAGCUAAACAAGUCAAACAAGACGGUCAGAGCACAGAAGCUGAAGGAUCACAGCCAGCAGGAGAUGGUGCUUUAGAUCUCUCAAAGAAAGAAAGACCACCAUCUGCAGAAUCUAUACCUGAGGAACAAGGUAACAUUUCAAGUAUCCUUAAUAGCAGUGAGCAACCAGAGAACUUGAGUAAACCAGGAACUCCUUCAAGUGCAAGUGGGAAAGCUGAUAUCAGGGGUCACACUACUACACAAAUAUUCUCCUGUCCAUAUUGUAAAUACAGCUGUGUGGACCAACAACGAAUCACUGCCCACGUGAUGUCUCAGCAUAGUUUGAAACCUGCCUCUGUUCUUCGCUGUCCACUCUGCCAAGAGAUCUGCACCAACCGUAUCAACUUGGAAGUUCAUCUCAUGGACUCCCACAGUGUAUCAAGAGACUGCAUACAACGCUUGGUCAUGUCAGUGGAGACAUCAGAGAACGUGCCAACAUUCCAUGGAGCUCCACCUGCCAAUGCUGUUGCAACUGCAACUCAACCAAGUGAAGCUGCAUCAAAAACAGAAUCAAGACCACCAUCCACUCACGGGAUCGAAGCAGCUGAAAUUGGAGCCUCUCCUCGUCCAUUAUCUCAGCAAUCGUCAUCAACAGUCAGUGAAGCUGAUGGAGUAGACCUUUACAGGUGCCAAAAUUGCCAUAAGAACUUCUCCAACAUCGACCAACUUUAUAGUCAUCAAAGUGAAUUCUGUCCUUUGAAAGAACAGGACACACCCAAUGGCCCUGGUUUCUUGUGUUGGAAGAAAGGCUGUAAUCAGUAUUUUAAGACUGCAUCUGGUUUGCAAGUCCAUUUUAAGGAAAUCCAUGUGAAACGACAUCAGCUUCCAGGCAACAAGCCUGAGGCGUCCAUUCCAGAAGCAAACCCUGGGCAAGUCAACCUCAAGUGUGUGGUAUGUCAGAAAGUCUUCCGUUCAAUGUCAAACCUACAGAGUCACUUGGAACUAACCCACCCAGACCUGAAUCAGGCAGAUGUCUUGCAGAUGCUAACCUCUAUGCCAAAUGGUGAUAUUGCUGGACUGCUCCACAGUGGACCAAAUGAUCAAGCUCCGGAAAUGGACCAACAAAAUUUAUUCAAGCUUGAGGAUCCAUUCGCUGGCUGUAAUGGCACAGAUGGUAGCUGGGAUGGAGACAUGGAUGAUAUGGAGAUGGAUGGACCUAAACCAGAAGAAGGUAGCUUCAUGGAUCCUUUCAAGAAGUACAAGUGUCAGAGAUGUCGAGUUGGAUUCUCCAAACAGAGUGAGCUGAGUAGCCAUAACAAAACCGUUUUCCAUCGCAAAGGAGAUCGGGCUGCACAGACGUUUUCUAUGGAUAAGUACAUGGACCCUAAUCGGCCAUACAAAUGUGAUGUCUGUCGAGAAUCAUUUACCCAAAAGAGCAUUCUUCUUGUUCACUACAACUCUGUAUCUCACCUCCAUAAGCUGAAACUGAGUUUGAAUGAGCCUAUUGAACCAGAGGUUCCUAAUGAUCAUGGAGAUAACAAACCCUUCAAAUGUGGUCUAUGCAAGGUUGCUUACAGUCAACAAUCAACACUUGACACUCACAUGAGAUCUGUCUUACAUCAGAGCAGAGCUGCCAAACAAGACACUUCUAGUAGUACUACAGACAAGGAAGAAGGAGAACAAUUAGUUAUUGGUGUUGGUGGAACCAUCCUCCCUACACCAUCACCAAACCCUAUCCAGCAGCAACAACAGCAGCAAAAACAGAAACAUCAGCAGCAGAAACCACUCCAACCACAACCUUCAAAGUCUCCUGCAGCCAAUACUGAAGUCCCUCCUCAACAUCAACAGCAGUUGUUACAAGCUCAACAGGCUCAUCUGCAGGCUCAACAAGCCUACUACCAACAGUUUCAGUUUCAACAAGCCUUGCAACUGCAGCAACUUCAUCAAGCACAGUUACAACAACAGAUUGCCGCUCAGCUUUCUGGUGUUGCUGGUCAGAAUACUGACCCAAAUGUUGCUGCAUUGCUCUCACAAGAUUUAUCAAUGAUGUUGAUGCAGAGCUUCUCUCCUUCGGCUGCCAUGAUGUAUCCUGCCCAGAUUCCACUCUCACCCAGUAUGUAUUCAUGUGCUCUAUGUGGCUCAGUGCUACCAAGUCACGAAGCACUAGUUCAACAUCAGCAGACCUGUCCAAAAGCCCCAGCAUCAAGUACCAGUACAGCAACCACACCUACGUCAGAGAAGCUUUCCUCAGCGAGUACAUCAGUGACCCCAGCUACUACCACUGUCACAACAAGUGUUGUUUCAAAGCCUAUAGAAGCACCCAAUGCUAGGAGGAUAAGGACAUCAGCUAUUCAACGCAAGUUACUGGAAAGCUAUGGUUUUGAUCUUGUUCAGCAAUUCAAUGAGUCUGCAAUGGGUCUGCCAUCUAGUAUAGCUUAUGAGGAUAAGUUUUUCUGUGAAGGAUGCAGGAAGGAGUUCUCUAGCAUCUGGGUGUACAAGGCUCAUAUGGAAGAGAUUCACAAGAAGUUGUUACCAAAUGAAGUGAUUGAGAAGUACACACAGUUGUUCAAAGAUGAACUGAAGGAUGAAGAAGAUGAAGAUGAUGAUGAUUUAUCAAGAACAGAUGAGGAAACUGGUCUGCAGCUAGAAGAAAAAUCAAAUCCUGUCAAACUAGAUCAACCUAUCAAAGCAGAAAAAGAAGAUAUAAAAGAAGCUCUUGUAAAUGGACAUGUUACAAACCCAGGUGAACACAUGUCAACGAAUCAAGAUCAGUCAGCCUCUGAGGUUAUGCCCCCACCACCACCACCACCGCCGCCUCAAGUUUUUCCUGUUAGCCCAUAUCAGCUAGCCAUGAUGCAAGCUAUGCAGUCUCCUAGUUCAACUGGUGCCUCAGUGACACCACCCACAGCGACCCCACCAUUUCCGGUUUCUGCUGUACCUGGUGUUCAACACAUGCACAACCUUCCUCAGCAGCCAAGUAUCAGUCCAGCAGGUAUGCAGCAACUACCACCAUACCUAGAUCCAAACUACCUUCAACAGAAGUCUCCAAAACGAGCACGUACAAGAAUCACUGAUGAUCAGCUGAAAAUCCUCAGAGCUUACUUCGACAUUAACAAUUCUCCAUCAGAAGAAGCAAUCGCUGAGAUGUCUGCAAAAUCAGGUCUGCCUCACAAAGUCAUCAAGCACUGGUUCAGAAACACAUUAUUCAAAGAGAGGCAAAGGAAUAAAGACUCCCCAUAUAACUUCAAUAAUCCUCCAACGACAUCACUGUUGGAUGUUGACAGAGCUAAGAAGCGGGAAAGUAGUGAAGUUCUGGCUGGUGGAUCAUCAGAGAAAAGAACUGCUAGGGAUAUGGAAAAGGAACACAUAGAAGUAGAUCCAUUUAGAGCAUCUACUAGCCCCAGCAUGAGAUUUCUAGCUGAACAGGCCAUGGUCAAACCAUACAAGCAAGAAGUUCCCCUUCCUCUUCCACAGACCCCGCCACCUGGUGCAGCUGCAGCAGCUGCUGCAGCCGCAGCUGCGGCACAAGCUUUGGCCACAUUACCUCCAGCCACUGCUAUGAAGGAACCUAAGCCUAUGAGCCCCAUCAUUUCAGUCAUGCCGGAACCAUCUCUGCCAAAACAAGAAACAUCUGAGAUGGAAACUGCUGCAGAGGAACGUAAAAUUCCACAUGUAGCUCCAGAGGAGCAUCAGGAAUACCAACGUGACACAGUCAUGGAUGAAAUCAAAGAUUCAAAGGAGGAAAGUAUGAACAAAGAGGUCGAAGAUUCUAAGAGGAAUAUGAUGAUGAUGCAAAAUGAGGACUUUCUUUCUGAUAAGCACCUUAGAAUCUCAAUGCCAAAUGCUGCUGUACCUCAUACUGUCACCUCAGCUCCUAAUACCCCAACUUCUAGUAUAUCAGACAUGACUUCUCCUCUGUCAUCUCCAAUCUCGCCAAUGGCUCCACGCUGUGUAAUUUCCCCCACCAAUCAUUCUGGUAGUUCUGCUGGCUCUUGUGAUUCAAAAUCAAUGCGCCGUUCUGGGAGGACAAGGUUUACUGACUACCAGAUUAAAGUCCUUCAGGAGUUUUUUGAAAGCAAUGCUUACCCAAAAGAUGAUGACCUGGAUCACCUGUCUAGAAUGCUGAACCUCAGUCCAAGAGUUAUUGUAGUAUGGUUCCAGAAUGCCAGACAAAAAGCAAGGAAGAUGUUUGAAAAUCAAGCUGCUCCAGAAGGGAAUCCUGAGCCAGAUGGCUUGAGUGGAAGAUAUAAACGUACCCCUGGGUUAAACUACCAAUGUAACAAAUGCAUGUUAGUAUUUCAGAGAUUUUAUGAACUGAUAAAGCAUCAGAAACAGCAUUGCUACAAAUACAGCAGUCUAAGCACAACAAGCAGUGGAAGCUCACAGCACAGUCCAACAACAAUCCCUCCUAAUUUAAGUUCUGUGAGUCCUGAUCCAUUUGCCAAGAUUUCACCAGAACCAACCACCCCAAAGCACACCCCUGAGCCAACCCCACCAACACCUUCCAGGAGUAAGUCUGAACACAAGUCCCCGUCUUCUUCAUCAUCCUCAUCAAAAACAAGUCAAGGAGAUGGAGAUAAGCCAUCUAAAACUGGACAUCAUUACAAGUGUGAACAAUGCAAGGUGGCUUUUCCUCAAUUGGAGCAAUAUCGAGAACACCAGCAAGUCCAUCUGAUGGGGAUGCAGAUUAUGAAUAGCUACAUGCCUCAGCAGGUCCCUUACAACAUGAUGUACAUGCCCUAUGAUUUCAAUGGCCUCACGACGGAGCAAUAUAUCAACUACUUAAAUACCACCAGUGGAGCAGGUUCACCUACAAAGUCCAAGCACUCAGACACAAGUGAUGAAGCGGCUGGACAAUCAUCCGAUCAGGGUAGUUCUGACUCGGAUCCCAAAAAAGACAAAAGGUUGCGGACUACCAUCUCACCAGCUCAACUUGACAUCCUGUAUGCCAAAUACCAAGAAGACAGCAAUCCAACUCGUAAAAUGCUGGAUGUGAUCUCUGAUGAGGUUGGUCUCAAGAAAAGAGUUGUUCAAGUUUGGUUCCAGAAUACCAGGGCCAGGGAACGUAAAGGUCUCUUUCGUCUCUCAGCCUUACAACCGUCCAUGAGAUGUCCCUUUUGUAAAGCUGCCUUCAAGGUAAAGUCCGCUCUGGAGGCCCAUAUAAAGGUGCGUCAUUUUGAUAAGAUCCAGAACAGUGCCCAGGUAGACCAUAUCAUUGCUCAGGCAUGUAGUCCAGAAACGCUUCAUGCGCUGGAGAUGGAGGCUGGUAGAAGUAGUGUCGGCAGUGAUGAUAGACACAUUGAUAGCAGGUCCAGUGAUCCAUACCUGUACAGUGAGGAGAGUCGACAGCUUACUUAUUCAGAUGAUGGUGAUAGGGGUACCUUCGAAUACGGUCAAAGGGAUUCAAGAGACAGAAGUGAGGAGAGGAAAUAUGAUGAGAGAAUUUAUGACAAGAAUUGGGAGGAGCGGAAUGAGAGCGAGAUGCAGUCACGGAUAUCUAGCCAUAAAGGUAGUGAGAGUGAUGGAACUCUUGCACAGUCUGACAUAGUCUUGGACAAGUUACCGAAAGAUUCCUAUCUGCUCUCUCCCACCAGUAGUAUCACAGGGGAAGAUGCCAUUUCAGAGGCUGGCUCAAUGGAUCGCAGCGAGGAUUCUUUUAGCAAUGCUGAUGAUCUGGAAAGGAAAAGAUACAGAACUCAGAUGUCUGUUCUUCAGUUGAAAAUCCUGAAGCAUUGUUAUAAUGACUACCGCACUCCCACCAUCCACGAGUGUGAACUCCUAGGACAAGAAAUAGGGCUUCCAAGGCGAGUGGUCCAAGUUUGGUUCCAGAACGCUCGAGCAAAAGACAAGAAGGGUAAAGGUACUGUCACCAAGCAUUUUGGAAUGAUAGGAGCAACUGGAGAUGGCCAUGAAUGUAAAAUCUGCAAAAAGAAAUAUUCCAGCUCCAUGUCAGUACGUGAUCACGUCUUUACUGAAUCACAUGUAAGACAUGUAAAGCUUCAUGUUAGUAAAGAACUUGAGAAGUAUGAGACUGAAGAAUCCAAUCUCUUCAUGCCCAAAAUUGAACCAGGAAAGAGUAGUCAUUCAGCACCGAGUUCUUCAAGCCAGCCAUUGAGUAGUCCUUCCCCUGCUUCUGUUGCUGCUUCUCUCAACAUGAAUCCUGUAGCAGCUGCUCAGAUGCAAGCCCUCCAAGCCAUGCAAGCUCAAAUGUUAAAUCCCCAGCUACCAGCAUCUCAUUUCCAGCAGGUAGCAGCAUCGGCUGGUGCCCCACCUCCACCUCAUUCACAGUCAGCUGCUCCGGGAUCAUCUAGUAAGAACGGCAAAGACUCCAGACCUUCUUCAGUCAAGUCCUCUAUCAAGACUGAAGCAGGAGAAUCCCAACCUUCCACCAGUCAGGCUGCUGUACCCACCUCUGCGGCUGCUGCUGCAGCUGCUGCUCAGAUGGGUGUCAAUCCCAAUGAUGCUGCCUUGAUGUCAUAUCUCUAUGGUGGAUUGCCUCCUUACUAUGCCCAGGUACCUAUGAUGUAUCCCGUCUACCCGGUUGGUCUGGAGAUGCUCUAUGCUCAGGAACAUGCUGCAGCUGCUGCUGCCUCAUCAACAGCCAUCCCUCCUCAUAUAUUACAGGCCUAUGCUUCCAACCCCCUCGCUGCAGCACAGUUACAUGGCCUGAUGGGAAAAACUCCAGAAGAACAACAGCAACUACUAAAGCAACAUCAGGAGCAGCAACAGCAGCAGCCUCAGAAACAGCAGCAACAAACAAAGCAAACGCCAACGGCAUCAUCAUCAUCGUCCUCCUCAUCAUCAUCACACCACCACCAUCACCAUCACCACAAGUCAAAACACGGUGACAAACAUAAAGAAAAGGAUUACAUUCUACAGCCCAAUUCCUCCACAAAUCGCUAUCUUUGUAAGAAAUGUGAACGUGUUUUUACAGACGUUGACCUGGUGACCUCUCAUCAGGUCACCAAGUGCUUUAUGGGUAAAGUGGUCAAUGUAGAGGAAACUGUCGAGAAGCUGCCGUCCAACCGAUUCUUGUGCCAAUUGUGUCCCCGGGAGGCGCUGUUCACUCCUGAAGACGUUAAGAUGCAUAUUAAGACCCCCACGCAUCAACACAAGCUCGCUAGAAAGUUAGAAAAGAAAGAAAAGCGUCAUCAAAAACAUCUUAAUGCUCACUCCCACUCACAUUCAAAGAGUUAAACUCUUCAAAGUUUUUUUUCAUUCAGGAAAAGAUUUAUUCAGCAAAGUAUGAAAAAUUUAUAUGAUAAUAUGACCAAUAAUCUUCCUUUUUGUUUGAGUUCAUGCAAGUUUUUCUUCAAUUAUUGAAGGGUGCUUGCCUUUGGUUAGCUGUUUUAGAAACGCGAUAUUAUCUUCAAUGCUGAAGACUGUAUGUGCUACAUGUGAAGACAUUGGACAGAUGAGAAGUAGUCAAACAAUGUGUGCCAAAUUGAAAUGAGGUUUAUAGAAGUAUUGUAUACAUAGUGUGUUGGUGCAGAGAAGGCAGGCAAGGAAUAGCAUAAUGAAGUAGAAGAGACUUGCCAAGGCUUGGUAACGUAGAGCAUCUACCUCUAGUAUCUCAUUAGGAAAGUGAGUUUUUUUUUUUAAUGCCAAAAUUAUAUGUCGGAUUGUGAUAAAGAGAAUGCCAAAUGAAGAUCUCAUGAUUUUAAUCUCUUUUCAGAGAAAGAAAAUAAAGAAUAUGCCAAGAUUUAUCACUGCUUAUGUUUCAAGAGGUAUUCCCUAAAGCUUGAAGAACAAUGGCUGAAUGAAUGUGCAUUUUUUUGUAGGAACCAGCCAAUUUAUUUGGAUAGUACUGCGGGUAGUCGUUAUAGAGUUUGUGUUUUUAAAGUGAUGAUGAAAUUAUAUAUAUAUCAGUAUUCCAAAUGAACUUUUUUUCAUUGUUGAGAUUAUGAAAUGACCAAAUUAUUCACCAUGAAAUCUUUUUUUUUUUUUUCAUUGUUCCUUGAGGCUGAGAGAUACAUAUAUUUUCAAGAGAAAUGUGUUCUGUCCUAAGUCGAUGUGUCAGUGUUUUAUUUUUCUUCUGUUUAAAAUACUUCUACUUAAAGGACACCUGUUUAUGAUCUUAUUAAUUUGAAUACCUCUCUGUGACCAAGUAUUGUAUUAUAGAUAAUGUAACAUUCAUUUACUUUUAUAACAAAUUCAUUGGGAGCUUAUGCAACAAUUAUCCUUACUUACUCUGAAAAAAAGGAAAAUUAACAAUUGUAUGGGGGCUUGUCCAUGUUUUGUUUCGGGGGUUGCAAGUUCCUCAUAAAUUAAUUCAAAUUUGAAUAAUAUAUAAUGGUAUUCAGUGCUCUAAUCUUGGACAAUGAAUGAAUGGAAUAAUGAUCGAUGUCACCAUGGGCAUUUUGUUAUUAAUUAUUUGUUCAUUUCAAUUUCUACAUUGUCUUAUUAACAUUGCCAAAUUUUCUCUUAGAGUGGGAAAAUCUGUUUAGUGUAAAGAAAUUUAUAACAAAGUUUUAAGCAAAAAAUAAACCUCAUGAUGAAAGAUUGUCUCUUGUAUACUUGUGAAUAUUGAGAAAAAAUGUAUAAAAUGCUGCCUAAUUUUAGGCAAAACCUGUAAAUAAAAAGACUAAAAAUGAAAUGAUAUGCACCAUGAAUAUAUGUUGUACACCUUGCUUACGUAGGCAGUAUAUUGAAUGUAAAGAUUUAGAUAAAGAUAGACCAAGAUGAAAUACAGGAGUAUCUACUACGCACCAUUUAUGUAUGACUUUAUAUAGUAGUGUGCUUUUUCACCUUGGUUUGAGGCUAAUGCUAGUCUUCUAGGAGGUCCAUGUGCCGCUGCUGCAUAUUCUAAACGUGGUCUGGUCGUGAAAUAAUAUUUAAAAAAAUACCCAACCUAUUGUGGAUAGAAAGACUAGCCUUUGAGAAAGUCUGUGUGUGUUAUAUGUGAUGUCAGCAAGUGACCUUGUCUACAGUCUGUUAUGUGUCCCCCAUAUUUAGAAAAGCUUCAACGGUUAGAAUUGACCUUUGACAUAGGGACGAUGCCACCUUUAACAUGUGAAUUUGAUUUAUGUUGCCAGAAGUGGUAAGAGAUAGUAAGAUGUUGGUACUUUAUGAUUUCGGACCACCGUGGCAUUUAUCACCAUGGUUUGUGAAUCACCAAAGAGGCUGGCAAUUUUUUUUAAAGAUCUGAAAGCUUCAAUUUUGCUUCAUGAACAUAGGAAUCACAUGAAAGAACUCUUUAAUCUUUUCAAAAUGUGACUUGAUAUUUUUUUCAGUGAAUCUGUGAAGACUGAGCUUUUUAUAGAACUCAAAUGAAGCAUUGGGUUCCGAGUGAAGAAAUAAGUCAAUUUAAAAACUGAAAUGGACAAAAUUGUGUCACAAAAGUUGUUGAUAUUAUAUUGAGAUAUUGAUGCAAGGAUUAUUUAGAUGUUAGUCGAUCCGUGUAAAACGCAUGGUAUAUAAUGCAUAGGAGAUGAAAUGAAGUAUUACACAGAUUAUUUUUGUGUGUAAAUUGUAGAUUUUUGUACUACAUGUAUGUUAGUCAUUGUAUUUAUCAUCCAUUGUAUGAAGAGACUUUUUUCCCUAGUUGCUGCGUGUAUUUACAUAUUAUAUAUAUAUUUACAUCAUUUGAAUUUACCUUGUAUAACGGUGCUUAAAUGUGUUUUUUAAUUGACUUGCUUAUCAUGUUAAAUGCAAAAAUGGGCCAAACUAGAAGUAAAAGUAAAUAAGAUAUAGACAUGUUAGAAAAGGCAUGCACAAGUUUUGACUAUCACCACUGUGUUUCACGCAGCACCUUUUUAAAAAAUGCUUUAUUAUAUUUCAUUUUGUUGUCACAUUUAUACGUACUACUAACUGAUAUUAUGUUUGUAUUCCUGACUAUUUUUUUUUUGUAUUGUAGGAAACACUAGGCAUUUAAUGCCCAAGCUAAUAUGCUUACAAAGCAGUUUUGUAUAGUACAUAUGUUUUCUUUUUUUUUUGUAGAUAGCAAGUAAUGAGGCUUUUUCUUUCCCCCUCUCUAUCUCAUUUUUGGUUCCUAAUAUUAUGUUUUGCUUUCAUGUUAUAGAAGGAAACUACAUUGUGGAGAGUUAAAUGAUACCUCAUAAUAUUCCUAAAGUACUCUUACUAAUUGGACAUCAGAAAGAUAUUUGUAGAAAGGCAGUGAAUAAGAGAUUUAUUGAAGAUUUGGUGGUGACAGAUCUCCCAGACAACCACCUUAAACCUGUCUCUCACCCAACCUACUUUCUAAAUAUUCAGUCGCGACUCACAGAGGAUCAGAGGAUCGGCAACUAAAUGCCUUUAUUUUUGCAAGAUUAGAUAUGAAUUAUAGAAAGAAUCCAAAAACACAAGCUAAUUGCCAAAACUUUUUAAAAUGCAGAGCCCCCCCCUCCACCCUUCCCAUUCCUUCCAUGUUAAUUAUCUUGUAAGCUCAUGUCAUGUCGUUUGAAAAUUAAAAAGGUGUAACAGCGGAGAAUAGUUGUGUGUUUAGUAGGAUCAUUCGGAGGUAGACUAUUACUGUGAUUAUGAAAGGGGUGUGUGUGAGAGCGAGUGAGAGAGAGAAGCUUAUAUGAGUAAGCUUGUAAAUAAAUGUAAUACGACUGGAUAUAAAGGUACCUAUUAGCACUGUAUUUGUCAUGUGAUAUUAGAACAAAAAUCGAGACCAUGUUGAUUAAGCUGCAUCAUGUACCCAAAAUCUUUUUUUGUAUGGGGGUUUACUGCAUGUUUCUGUAUUGAUAUUAUAACCGCUUGCUAAGAAUUAUGUCUAACGAAGAAAAAAAUUAAAUAAAAAAAAUCUGCCAGCCAUGUGUUUACAUGAAAAAAUGA